AUGAAAAAACUAAAACUUGUGCAAAUUCUGAGUUUUUUAUUAAUUAUAUCAAAAAAAGUAUCAAAUGCUGAAGAACCACUCAUAACUUGUGAGCCAGCUAGCGAUUACUACACGUGUACUUUUUUUCAUUUUGACACAACAGCACCUGACUAUCGAUUUCCAUCUGUAAUAACUCACACUGAAGACCACACAAACAGUGAUGUCCGAAAAAUUCACGCUUCUGAAAAUCAAACAAUUUCAGAAUUUCCAAUCGAAAUCUUCCAGACCUUCCCAAAUGUCGUACAUAUCGAGAUGUGUAAUGUAAAGUUGACCGACUUUAGUGCAAAUUUUACAAUUUGUGAACAAUUGGAGUCACUUGAUGUGCAGAAGAACAAUUUGAACAAAAUAUCAAGUGGAAUUUUUAAAAACUGCAAAAAUCUUAAAACAUUAAAAUUUGGAUUCAAUAAAAUAUCAGUCAUUAGUGAGGAUGCAUUCUAUGGACUUCCAAAAGUGACGAUUCUUGAAUUUGACAAUAAUUUCCUUGUGAAUAUUCCCGAGAAGUUGUUCGUAGAGUCAAUAAAUCUUGAAUUUUUAAGGUUAAAUGUGAAUUUAUUAGAGAUAAUCCCAAACAAUUUAUUCGCAAAUAAUCCACAUCUUCACUUCUUUCCCAUGGAAAAUAAUCCAACUUUAAAUGGAAUUUUACCGAAAAAUUUUAUGGCAAAUAAAACAAAUCUUCAAUUUCUGUACAUUGAAAAUAUUGGACUAGUUGAUUUUCCGGAUGGGAUGUUCACUAAUACUUCAGGUUUGGGAAACCUUUUUGUCAGCAAUAAUAAAAUCUUGAGGAUUAAAAAUGGCAUAUUUGAUGAUCUUCAGGCAUUACAAAAACUGGAAUUCCACAAAAAUUUAAUUGAAAAUAUCGAAAAUGACGCAUUUUUUGGUUUGCCAAAUUUAAAAUUUUUAAAACUAAAUGAGAAUAAGCUGAAGUUCAUAAAUAUCAAAGUAUUCAAGCAUGUCUCAAAGCUAGAGUAUCUAAAUAUCGAGAACAAUCCAAUAAUCGCAAUUUCAUAUGACAUUUUUGAUGUCUUAACAGCAUGCAGUGAAUUUUUUAUCACAAUUGAUUCCGUAAAUGUUCACAAAGAUGAAGCUGCUGCUUUCUAUUCCAACAUCUUGCAAUGUACCUACUACAUUCAUGAAACCAAUGGAUAUACUUGUGAUUUGAUCGAUGGUGAAAGAACUGCGGAGCAUCGGAUAGUCAUUGACAAUGUGGAUCAAGAAAAUGACGUGGUUUACUUGACAACAAGUAAACUUGAAUUGUCAGAAAUUUUUGUGGAAUUUUUCGAGACUUUUAAAACUGUCCGUUUUAUGAACUUUUCAAAUAAUAAUCUUGGAGAUGAGAGUUUGAAGAGUUUAGCCAAUUGUGGAAUGACCUGCAAUAAUGUUGCUUUUCUGCAUUUGAGUUAUAAUAAUUUUACUUUAAUACCUUCUGAAAUUGCUGAAUUUUCAAACUUGGCGGAACUUUACAUGACUCACAACAACAUUAAGUCAGGAAAUCAGGAAGUUCUAGCAUCAUUGGAUGCUUCAGUGCUUAAUAUUCUUGAUUUAUCAUUCAAUCAGAUUGAAUCUUUCUCAAGCUACAAUUUUAAAGCUAUUUCUCUGUCCAACAACCCCCUGCAAGUCAUCAACCCUCUCAGCAGUGUAGAAUUUUUAAAUUUAAACAAUUUUAUAGGACAUAAGCCGACAAUAAUCCUUAAAAAUGCAUUUAAAAAUUCUAAGAAUUUAAAAAUUCUCUUUUUGUCAAACAGAAAUAUUGAAAAUAUUAAUUUAAUUGAGUUUAAUGAUGCUUUGAGGCACUUGGAUGUGAGCCAAAACCAAAUAAAGGUUUUAAAUUUCAAGGAAGUUAUUGGGUUGGACAAUUUUACUCAUUUGAAUGUUUCGGACAAUUUUUUGAGAAAUGUUGAGCCUGAAACUUUAGUAAAGUUGACAAAUCUCCAAGUUUUGGACUUAAGGUCUAAUUUAAUUGAGUUUGUAGCUGAAUUUUCAUUCAAAAAUAUGACAAAUUUGACUGAGCUUUUGCUGGACUUCAAUUUGAUUAAAAUUUUGCUUAAAAACUCAUUUUUCGGGUUGGAAAAUUUAAAAUUUUUGUCAAUUUCAAACAACAACUUGAAAGUUCUGGAUGAUCUAAUUUUUGUGCCACUUUUAAGUUUAGAAUUUUUAAAUUUAUCGAUCAACUCUUUAACUUCUUUUAGUGUAACAAAGUUUGGGAGCGUCACAAACCUUAAAAUCUUUGACAUUUCAAAAAAUAAUAUUGAAAUUAUGUCCACAAAUUUUACUGACUUCUUUCCACCAUCCACAGCUAUCAACAUGGACUUUAAUGAUUGCUCAAAUUCUGAAAAUUGUUUAGAAAAACCUAAAAUUUCUUGCAUUUUUCAAUAUCGUUCUAACUCAAUUUAUGAGUGUGUUAUUAAACAGGCAUUGGUAUUGGAUCCUUGGGUUGACUAUUUCAUAGAUGGAAUUCAUAUUGGAAAUGAUGACUCAACUGACAUCACAUCUAUAAUAGCCAAAUCUGACUCGCAUUUUUCAUUUUUACCAGCUGUGAUUUUUUAUGAAUUUCCUAAUCUUCAAAUUUUGAAUUUUGUUCGUGUAAAAAUAUCAUUUUUGGAAGAAUUUUUCAAUUGCCAUGAUUUUAGGGUAUUGAACUUUGAGGGGAACUUGAUAUCGAGCGUCUUUAGAGAACUCUUUGAAAAUUGUCAUAAAAUCGAAGUUUUAAAUUUUGAGAAUAAUUUGAUUUUAAAGCUUUCUGGCGAUUCUUUUAGUAAAUUGUCAAAUUUGAAUAAUUUAAGCUUAGCUGAAAAUGACAUUCAACUUUUAUACUCAAAUAUUUUUGAUGAAAAUAAAAAUUUGGAAGUUUUGAGGUUAAAUUCAAAUAAAAUUUCUAAUAUCGAAAACAAAAUGUUUUGGAUGUUAAAAAAUUUAAAAAUCCUGACAAUUCACACGAACUUAAUUUUUGAAUUACCGGAAAAUUUGAUGUCAAAAUUGGGUAACAUUGAGGAAUUUGAGAUGCAAAACUUGCAAUUGAAUUCAACAAUUUCUAUUAAAAUCUUUGAAAAUAACAAAAACUUGAAAAAACUCGUCAUGAUGAAAAAUAAAUUCACAAUAAUUAAGGAAAAUUUAUUUAAAAAUUUAGAACAUUUGGAAAUUUUGGACCUUCGGAAUUGCGAAAUUCAAAAAAUACAUGAAAAUGCUUUUCAAAAUUUGAAAAAUUUAAAAAUUUUAUAUUUACAAAAUAAUUUAAUUGAAGUUUUUGAUGGAAAAUUGACAGAAAAUCUUGAAAAUUUGUUGAAUUUGUAUUUAAUUGACAACAAAAUUUCAAAACUUGAUGAAAAUUUGCUUAAAAAUUCUAGAAAUCUAAUUGAAUUCCACGCAAAUGAGAAUUUAAUAGCAGAAAUUCCUGAAAAAAUGUUUCAAAAUUGCUCAAAAUUAGAAGUUUUAAAUUUUGAACAAAAUCAAAUCUCGAUUUUCAAAUCCUUUAAUAACCUAAAAAAUGUUAAAAUUAUCAAUUUCAAUUUUAACAAAAUUUCAAUAAUUGAUCAAAAAAUCUUCAAAAAUUUAACAAACCUUGAAAAUCUUCAAUUUCAUGACAAUAAUUUUCGAAAUUUACCCCCAAAUUCAUUUGAAAAUCUUGAAAAUUUAGUGAAAAUUGAUUUUUCGAGAAACAAAAUAACCUCAAUCAAGGCUGAAACUUUCCAAACUUCAAAUAACUUUUUCUUUGAAAAUCUAGAAGAAAUUUUGUUUUCAAAAAACGAAAUUACAUCAAUUGAGACCCAAAGUUUCAUUUUAAUUCCAAACCUUAAGAUUCUAGAGCUUCAAUACAAUCAAAUCAAGACAUUGUCUUCAUCCAUGUUCCUCGAUUACUCCCAAAAUUCCCAAUUUAAUAGAUUUAUCAACAAAAUUGACGUAAGUUACAAUUUAAUUAACAAAAUUUCAUCAGAUUUCUUUGAAAAAGUCUUUCCAUUGAACUUCCUUGCAACUGGGAAUGUGUGCAUUAACAGUGACUUUAAGGAAUUUAAUCUGAAUAUUUCUAAAGACUUUGAGAAGUGUAAAGCUAUCAUUUUGGAUUGUAAAGUUGUUACCGUUAAACCUGAGUUAGAAUUAAACCUUUCUUUUAAUAGCAGUGCUUCUAAAAACCUUACGGAUGCAAAGUGUAUCAUCGAGUACCUUAAAAUCACUCCAAACCAGCAACAAUUUGAUUUUGAAAUUAAAAUUGAUGAAUUUCAGAAGCAAAAUAUUAAAAUUGUUGAAUUUGCCUAUACAAAUAUUUCAUUCAUCCCGCCAAUAUUGUUUCAAGAUUUUCAUAACCUCAAAAUUUUAAAUGCCAAAAAUGUUUAUUUAAAAAAUUUGAAUAAAAUUGAAAAUUGUGAGAAUUUAAAUUUUUUAAAUUUAGAUGAGAAUUCGGGGAUUGACUUAGGAGAUCGGAGUUUAGAGAAUUGUACAAAUUUAAAAGGUUUGUCCAUCAGUAACGUUAAUUUAAAUUCAGUUGGAAUUACUGCAUUUUAUGGACUUAACAAUCUUAAAGAAUUGAUUUUGGAAAAUUCUAAAAUCUUAAAAUUGAAUUUUUAUCUUCCAAAUUCUUUGGAGAUUUUGAGGUUAUCUCGGAAUGUAUUGACUAUUGAUUCUGAUAGCUUUAAGAAUCUUAUUAAUUUAAAAGAGAUCUACAUUAAUCAGGAAGACUUUUAUGGAUUCCAAAUUGAAGAUAAUUUUGACAAAAACUCAGUUUUUUUUCUAGAAAAUUUAGAAAUUCUUGAUAUUUCAAAUCGAGGCAUAACAGCUCAGAAUUUUCCAAUUUUUCAAGAUUCCAAAAAUAACCUCAAAAUUCUAAAAUCAAAUAAAAAUCAUUUCCAAGACAUCAAUGAUCAAAUUUUCAAAAAUUUAACAAAUUUGCUAGAAAUUCAUAUGGAAAAUUGCAAUAUUUUGACAUUACCAGACUUUUUAUUCCAAAAGACACCAAAUAUUGAGGUUAUAAACUUUCAAAACUUAAUCAUCGGCGCUGGUAACCUUAAUAAAAUCAGUAUUUUACCUUCAAAAUUGUUUUCAGGCUUAUCAAAUUUAAAAAUCCUUCAAUUAGACCUGAACUUGAUAACAAAAAUAUCUGAAAAUAGUUUUAAAAAUCUUGAAAAUUUAAAAAUUUUGUCACUUGUUUCCAAUAAAAUUACAGAAAUUGAGAAAAAUUCUUUCAUAGGACUUAAAAGUCUAAAAACAUUAGACAUAAGUGAGAAUUUGAUGUCCACGGAUCUUCAUUCUGAUGUCUUUGUAGGUUUGAUUAAUUUAGAGCAACUUAACCUCAAAAGUUGCAAUAUAAAAGUCCUUCCAAGCAGCAUUGUUGAUUUAAACAGUCUGCAGAUUUUGGAUGUGAGCAGAAACUUUCUGACAAGUCUGUUAUUUGCACCAGAUUACCCUAAAUUGACCAAAAUUGACUUUAGCAACAACCAAGUUGCGAAUAUAAGUCCAAGAUUUUUCGAUGCAAUCUCAAAUGCCUCAGUCUUUAGUUCCUCAAAUCCAUGCAUUCUAAAUCCACUUCCUCAAGUCAACCUUAAAGUUCACUUUACUCAAUGCUUUCAAAAUUUUGAGAAUUUAAACUUUUGUGAAAUUCAAGAACAUGAAAAAUUUGGAUUAAGUUGUAAAAUUUCAAAUUCAACCUUUUCUGGUUUAGUCUCAAAAAGUGAGGUUAUGAACAUUUACAAUAAAAAUAAGCCAUUGAAUCUUGAAGUUUACGUGAUUUUCGAAGUUUAUAGGAAUUUAUCGACUUUGAACUUAUGGAAAUCCUCAAUAUCCAACUUUAAUGGAAUCAAGACUUGCAAAAACCUUAAAACUUUCGACUUAAGGCUGAAUUUGGUUGAAAAUUUAUAUGAAAAAUUGCUUAAAAAUUGUGAAAAUUUAGAAAAUUUAAUUUUGAUUAAAAAUCGGAUUUUGUUUGUGGAUAAAAAUGCAUUUAUUGGUUUGAAUAUUUUGAAGUUUUUGGAUUUAAGUUGUAAUUUUAUUGAAAAUUUAGAAAAUGAAACAUUUUUUGAGAAUAUUGGUAUUGAAAAACUAGUUUUGAGUCAUAAUAAAAUUUUCAACAUUAAUUCAGGUUUAUUUGAAUCUUUGACGGUCCUUAAAGUCCUGAAACUUGACAACAAUUUGCUUUUAGAACUUUCUGACUCGAAAAUUUUAGAAAAUCAGUCAAAACUCAUCGACCUUCAUUUAAAUUCCAAUAAGUUGACAAAAAUAAAUCCCAAAAUAUUCCAAAAUUUGAUCAAUUUAAAAUAUUUGAAUAUUGAAACAAACAAUUUAACAAAGAUCGACUUGACAAUGAUAAAUUCAAAAUUGUUGGCUUAUUUAGACAUUUCAUUUAACAACUUGUCAACAAUUUUGAUAGAUUUGACUAAAUUUCCGAACCUUAGAAAUUUUAUAGUUGAGAAUAAUUUUUGUGUUGAUGAAAAUUUUGAAAUAAUUAACUCCAAAGUUGAAAAUGCUUUAAAAAAUUGUCAAUUUAAUAUUGUAUCAAAAGAUGAAUUUUAA